UGUCUGUCAAAUUACUUAGCUAGCCAACGUUAGCUAUUUAGCUGGGAUGACACCCAAUGGAAUGGCGAGUAUCUGAGAGCUGUUUCUCUGGAAAUUAUACCGGGACAUACGUAACACCUCUGUUAAAGGGUUAUUUACAGAACUCUAGCAAAUACGCAGCGGAUGGCCCGGACAGCACUUGUCGUGGCACCUACAUAAAAAAAGAGGAAAACCAUUCUGAACCUCUGAAUGAGUAAUGAACUUAAACCCUUUCUGGAGCAUGUCUGCCAAUACAAGUCGUAAGCAGAGACCUGACAGCGAGGAUCAGAGUGGGCACGGGGAGCAGAGAGGGAGCCCAGCCCGGCUGCCCUUUGGUAAAAAGCAGCUUCCACCUAUUCCGAAGAAUGCUGCCCCCAUCACCAAGCCUCCGUCAUCGGGCACUCCAGCCCAGUCAGCCAAUGGCACACAUGCUUCCUAUGGCCCCUUUUACCUGGAGUACUCUCUGCUGGCUGAGUUCACACUAGUGAUUAAGCAGAAACUCCCUGGAAUUUAUGUCCAACCAUCCUACAAGUCAGCACUAAUGUGGUUUGGGGUCAUAUUCAUCAGACAUGGCUUGUACCAGGAUGGAGUCUUCAAAUUCACUGUGUAUAUCCCUGAUAACUAUCCAGAUGGAGAGUGUCCUAAAUUAGUAUUUGACAUCCCAGUCUUCCAUCCUCUUGUUGACCCCGUGUCUGGAGAGCUUGAUGUCAGAAGAGCUUUCACCAAAUGGAGACGAAAUCACAACCACAUCUGGCAAGUCCUGAUGUACGCACGUACAGUUUUCUACAAAAUCAAUACCACAGAACCACUCAACCCAGAGGCUGCUGUGCUAUAUGAAAAGGAUGUGCAGUUGUUCAAAAGCAAAGUGGUGGAUAGUGUGAAACUAUGCAACAGUCAUCUUUUCGACCAGCCCAAGAUAGAUGAUCCUUACGCAAUAAGUUUUUCUCCAUGGAACCCAGCUGUCCAUGAGGAAGCAAAAGAGCGGAUGUUCACGUACAAAAGACGGCCUGAGGAUCACCACAAGGGAACGCAGGUGUCAGGUCUGUCUUGGGUUAAGCCUGGAUCGACACAGCCCUUCAGCAAAGACGACAGUCCUCCCCAGAGUUGAACCUGCACUGUCGCAGCAGUGGCCACUAGAGGGAGGCACAAGUAUCGGAUGCCAUGCCAGCUGCUUGCCUCAGCUGUUUAUGUGAAGUGGAUCCUUGAAACAGUUGGGAGAACUUUUUAUUAAACCUCCACGUUAUUGCUCGGCUUUAAAAGCUUUGUAGGCACCUCCUCAAACAGCUUUAGAAUAAGGAAACAAAGUUUGUAUCAUAUGUAAAUCGACGAUGACAAAUGGAUGUCUCAACAACAUCACUUAGGCUGCGAUGCAAUCAAAGAGCUUUCUCAUUUAGAUUUUCGGAUCCAUGCACAUGUUGGGCUAGGUGGUAACAUACUGUCCCAAAAGGAGCUGAAAAGUAUGAGCAAAGCAAUUUGCCUUCAUACAGUAAGUACAGUGGACUAUAUGAUCUGUACCACUUGUUGAAACUGGCUCAGGACUGUUUAUUUGUCAGACUUGGAAUGUUGUCAGUCACAGUUGUGUGAGUGAAACAUCCUAAUUACCACUCCCAGUACCCACUUAGGUUAACAUGAUAUGUUUUAUAUUUCUUAUUGGACAAUGAUUUCUUUUUAAUUCUAUGGUCUGUCCUCUAUUGUCUUACAUAGUUCCUAAUAUAUAUAUAUAUGUUAAGCAGAGCAGGCAAGUGUGGUUUUAAAUGAGACGCUAAAGUUCAUGUAUUUUAUUUUGUCCUAUUUUAAAUCAUUUUGGAUGUUUUAUAUAUCUUUGGUUAUUUGGCUAUUAAAGGUUUGAUGUGUAAAUACUG